AUGAGCGACUCGGAAAACCUAUGUACUUCUCUAAAUGCAUUGAAAAGGAGACCGGAUGAUGAAGAAAAGACUUUGGAAGCUGCAAUUAAGCGCGUGGCCCUAGAUGAUGAAUCUCCCCCGACUAACCACUCCAUAGAUUAUGUUUCUAUGCGAAUGCUAUGUCUUGUGAAACAAGCAUCGAUGAUAGUAGGUCCUAAGGGUGAAAGAAUCUCCAGAAUUAAGGAAGAAACAAAGACUAGAAUAAAUGUAUCUGAGAACAUAAAGAACGUACCAGAAAGAGUGAUAUACAUUAGAGGCACAUGUGACAACGUUGCAAAGGCUUUUGGCAAAAUAUCUCGAGCUAUUAACGGUGAAGUCGAUCUUAAAUCGAAUGAAAGAUCUCUUCCCUUGACUGUAUACCUAUUGAUUCCCCAUUACCUAAUGGGCCAUAUUAUUGGCAAGCAAGGUUCGCGCCUCCGGGAAAUUGAAGAUUUAAGCGCUGCAAGACUUGUUGCAGGACCCUUGCAGCUGCCAAUGUCUAAUGAUCGUGUUCUAUGUAUUACGGGGGUUGCAGAUGCUAUGCACAUUGCAACGUACUACGUUGGGCAAACCAUUUUAGACUGUGACGAGAAAUUAAAGAACAAAAAAACGGUAUUUUAUCAACCAAGUCCUCUAAAUUGUGUUUUGGUGAAUAACUAUGGUAUUGCUAUUCAACACCAUCAGCACCAUCAGUAUAACCCGGGUGAGAAGUUAAGACGUUCAAGGUCGCGUGUUCCACAGAAUCUUCCAUCAGCACCGAAUGAAAUAAUACAACCAUGCGCGCCCUUUUUAUCUGGUAAUAUACCUUCUGUAAGUGAAGUUGCCCCUCAACUUGGUAAUACUACAAGAACAGUUGCUUUGCCCUACGUCAGAAUAGUUGAGAUCACAUCAGCUCAACCACAGCCGUUUUCACAACAGAUCCAAGAGAUAUAUAUUGAAGAUGCAAUGGUUGGAAAUGUUAUUGGAAAAGGUGGGAAGAGUAUUACGCAAAUAAAGCAAUCUUCUGGUUCUUCUAUCCAGCUAGAUGAACCUAAAUUGGGCUUAAAGGAACGGAGAUUAACUAUCACUGGGACUCCAAUUGGCAAUCAAACUGCGGUAAUGAUGAUUAAUAAUAAAAUAGACAUCCACAAAAGAAAUCAGCAGAGACAGGUUCGCUUACAACAUCGAACCUAA